AUGUCCACAAUUACAGAUUGUACCGCCAAAGCCGUCACACAUCGCAUCGCCAACAUCAAAAACAAAGCGAAAUUGCUCGAGGCUGAUGGAACUGCAGCGGCCACUACUGCAGCAUCAGCUGCUCCGGCUCCGGCUACGGGACGACGCAAACGCGCGCCAAAGGCCAAGGCUAACUCGGAGGAACAAGUCCACGACUCGGAGGACGGAGACAAACCAGCGGUUAAGAAGACACGGACUGCAAAGAGUGCAAAGUCUGCAGCUGGUGCCGCGGGUACGAAGAAAGCCCAGCAACCAGUCGCCGCGCCCGUCAAGAAGGAGGAGGAAGUUUCUGCGAGCGACGACGACACUACUGCAAAGGAAGAAGACUCUGCUUGA